UAUGAAGUAACAUUAACGUCUGUUCAGACGAAAGCAUAAAUUUUCCACUUUUAUAACAUACGCCAAUAUAUAUUGUAGCAUACAUAUUCUCUAUUAUUCUUGGGAUAAAUUGCAUGACGUACGCCUGAAAGAAUCUAUAUGAAAGAGACUAAACUAGUUAUCUGCAGACAUAGCGCAAACAUGCCUUGCAAAUUGAUUAUAUUGCUUCUAUUCUUCGAAAUUACUGUAUUGUAUGCGACGACAGGAAGUUUUUAUCGUAAUGAAACGUUUUCCACGAUGACAGCAUCCCGAAGAAUUCAAUCGGAUGUUGCAUCAUUUGUUCUGAUAAAUCCAAAACAGGUCCAACAUGCGGAAGUGAUAAUAAAACAUUUCUUGGCGAGAUUAACUGGACCGAUCGCUCAGCCAAUAACCUUGAGAUUGUGGUCUCCCGAUGGAGGUAAUUUGCUAAGCACAAUUAGUGCGAUAAGCAAUAUUAUACGUGCAAAAAUUAUGGAGUUCGCGCGAACCAUCGGAUUAACUGCAUCAGUUCGUCAAUAUGAGCAGACAUUGUGGAACUCCACAAUUUCGAAAAGUUGGUUUACUGAAGGUCUAGCUCAAGGAUCGCUGUUACUAUGCGAUCUGAUCGGAAUAGGAGAAGAGAUUGGCUUUGCAGUCAAUCAUUACUUUAAAACGUAUAAUAUGACCUUAUUCGAAGAUGAGGACUUAUCACCACGCCAGAUAACGAAGAGUUUUAAGUUUUUCAAUACUAUAAACGAUGCCGCUAGUUCUAGUAAAAAAUUAUUUGAAUGCUUGAUACCGGUAACAAAUAAGUGGAAAUCAACGUCAUCUUUCAAUUUGAAUCGAGCUCUUACAAAUUCAGCAAAAGAUUCACCCGACAACGCUGUGAAAUUAUUUAAGUCCAAUUUGAAUCGAGCAUUCGUUCAUUCUGAACCAAGUAACGGCACAACCAGUGAGCAAUUGUACAUGUUGCUAUGUCAUUCAAUUGUUGAAAGGGCCAGUCAUUACAGCGAUUGUAUCAAAGAGUUACAACGUUUCGUAACUUGCAUGUCAUCAUCGAGAGAUCAAGACUCGCACGAAGGCCAUCAUAGAUUUCUUGUCAAGCCAUGGUUAUCCGUUAUUGAACUUCUAAGUGGAUGUAAAGUUAAUAUCAAUGAAGAUGACAGCAUUCGCUGUAAAUUCUCUCGAAGGCUGCCAAAGACUACAACGCAGCAAGUGAAAUAUAUUUAUGAGAAAAUUUUAGAACAACGGAUACCCAAACGAUCAUCUCUUUAUCGUGUUGCAAAUGAACUCGGAAAUGUUCUCUCCGGAAGUAGAUGGGGAAGGCAACUCACGUAUGACAUAUGUCAGUAUUUUGCAAUUUAUCAGGAAGGCAACAGAAGAUUGAAUACGCUUUUGAAAAGUGCUGCUAAGGACAAGAGAGCGGCUAUGAGGUAUAAUAGGAUGUUUGUAUCAUUGAAUAUGUAUAAAAAUGGAGUACUAAGAAACACAAUGGUUGCUGUUGGAAACUUUCAUCGUUCCGCGUUAGAGAUUCAAAAAUUUCUUAUUCGCGGUAUUAAAAGCUCUUUUGAAGAGUCAUGGCAGAGUCAUUUAAACAUUCUUGCUUGCUUAUCUGAAUGGAUGACAAAACUUUUGGAAUUAUUUGGAUGUGCAAAUAAUACAGAUGACGACACAUCGAGUUCUACUAAUAUUUCGCCGCCUAUAACAGAUUCAGACAGUGCAAGUAAUGAACUUGAUGAAAAUAAUGAAAGGCGAUAUCUCACAAUAUAUUCUAACAAAGUUCAAAUAAGGAAAAGAGCUGAUAUUACUUUCAAAAAACUAAUGCGUUCACUAAAUCACGUAAGUAAAAUGCGAAGCCGAAAUGACAAGAGUACUUUAGCCUGUCUCGCAAAUAAUUUACUAUUGGUCACUAUGUUUAUGGAGACAAUUGGUUUUGUUUCUACAUUAUUCUGUUUGGGAGAGCAUAAAGAUGAAUCCAACGUCGAAGAAUCGGCGGAAGAAUAGGAUUCACCUGGAUGUGAACGUAGAUCAUUUUCAAAAGACUUUGAAACCGAUAUAAUAAAAAAUGAUUUUAAGAUGUUGUGAGCGAUGAAUUUAUGAUGUCAGCAUUGUUAAAAUCAUUAAAUACAUAUGUUAAAGUAGAAAACUUAAUUAUGGAAUAAUAUAGUAAAAUUACUUCUAUAAAAUUAUUUCAAAAUGAGUAACGUACCUGUAUUGCAUGUUUAAUGCAUAAUGUGUAAAGAAACUUAAUAAAAGUUUAAAUAAAA